GGCCGCUCGCUGUGGAGCCGCCCGGUCGCUUGCGCGCUCCUUACGGCUGUGUCUCCCCGUCGGUCCUUUACCUGUCGCGGCUCCGGGCUCGUGUGCUGCGGGAGUGGCCUCAAGAUGGACGAAGACGGCGGCGGUGGUGGCGAGGGCGGUGGCGUGCCUGAAGACCUCUCAAUAGAAGAGAGGGAAGAACUUUUGGACAUUCGUCGAAGAAAAAAGGAACUUAUUGAUGACAUUGAGAGGCUGAAAUAUGAAAUUGCAGAAGUGAUGACAGAGAUCGACAACCUAACUUCUGUGGAAGAGAGCAAAACUACUCAGAGGAACAAACAAAUAGCCAUGGGAAGAAAGAAAUUCAACAUGGACCCCAAAAAGGGAAUCCAGUUCCUAAUAGAGAAUGACCUGCUACAGAGCUCCCCAGAAGACGUCGCCCAGUUCCUCUACAAAGGAGAAGGCCUAAAUAAGACCGUCAUUGGGGACUACCUGGGCGAGAGGGAUGAAUUCAAUAUCAAAGUUCUUCAGGCUUUUGUUGAACUCCAUGAGUUUGCUGACCUCAACCUCGUACAGGCCUUAAGGCAGUUCCUGUGGAGCUUCCGGCUGCCCGGAGAAGCCCAGAAGAUCGACCGUAUGAUGGAGGCCUUUGCAUCGCGCUACUGCCUGUGCAACCCUGGGGUCUUCCAGUCUACAGACACGUGCUACGUGCUGUCCUUCGCCAUCAUCAUGCUGAACACCAGUCUGCACAACCACAAUGUGCGUGACAAGCCCACUGCCGAGCGCUUCGUCGCCAUGAACCGGGGCCUCAACGAGGGCGGAGACCUCCCCGAGGAGCUACUGAGGAACUUGUAUGAAAGCAUUAAGAAUGAACCCUUUAAGAUCCCAGAGGACGAUGGGAAUGACUUGACACACACCUUCUUCAACCCGGACCGGGAAGGCUGGCUCCUGAAGCUGGGCGGGCGUGUGAAGACGUGGAAGCGGCGCUGGUUCAUCCUCACGGACAACUGCCUCUACUACUUCGAGUACACCACGGACAAGGAGCCCAGGGGCAUCAUCCCGCUGGAGAACCUGAGCAUCCGGGAGGUGGAGGACCCGCGCAAACCCAACUGCUUCGAGCUCUACAACCCCAGCCACAAGGGCCAGGUCAUCAAGGCCUGCAAGACCGAGGCGGACGGCCGCGUGGUGGAGGGCAACCACGUGGUCUACCGGAUCUCCGCGCCCAGCCCGGAGGAGAAGGAGGAGUGGAUGAAGUCCAUCAAGGCGAGCAUCAGUCGGGACCCUUUCUACGACAUGCUGGCCACCAGGAAGAGGAGGAUCGCCAACAGGAAGUAGAGACAGCCGACCCAGACCCCGCAGCGGCCGGGAUGGCGCUCACAGGCCCCAAACAGCCAGCCGUGGACCGAACCGCGGAACCCAGAGCCUCGGCUGUGGGCGGGGGGAGGUGGCCGGUCACUGUCACCAUCACCGUCACCGCGGGACAGGCCAGAGCGGCCCGCGGGCUCCUGCGCCACUGCGACGGUCCCAUCCCGCCCGCCCGCGCUGCGUCCUAGAAGCAAGCCGCCGGUUUUAUAUCGAAACGGGAAAGAAGCUACUGCUUUUUUAUUCAGAUUUUUUUCUCAGAUAUUUAGGAUCAUAGCUUUUAUAUGCCUUUUUAUAUCCUGAAGUUAUGAAAGAUACUUUGUAACGGUAGUAUUUUUAGAAUGGCAGCUAUAAACGUAACUCCUGGACACGAGCUCGCCCUGUGCACUGGGGAUGCUGUGUGCAGCGCCCGCGGGGGGACGGGGACCCGGCACGAGGCCGGGUCAGGUGCGGGCGGGCGGCCAUGAGGACUCUCGGGGCUCCAGGUGUGACAGCUGCCCCUUCCUGCUCAUGCUUCUCUAAAAAUCAUGAAAAUUUAUGAAAAUGCCAUGAUUUGGGUGUUUAUCCUGGGACAUGGAACACUGCUGUCCCCCGCGACCCACAUGAACCACGUGACACCGCUGGUCUCGGCCUAGUUCUGGCCCUGCCUCGUGGCUGAACCGAUACGAGGCCCACUGGCUGUUGACAGCUUUGUUGCUGUGGAAAACCUUCACAAAAGGCUUAGGGGACUUCGUGACUGACCAGGUUUCCUCACGUAAUGACAGACAUAUGAGGGACCAGAAAUAAUCCACCCUCUUCCUCUGGGGCGGCCAUGUUCUCAGAUUGGGUCACCCUUAAGAGGCGGGGGAGAGCAGGCUAAGGACGAAGGUGUGUGGCACUUGGAGACUUCUGUGACAGUGUAGAAGUCCAGCUCUAUGCCGAAGCAGUUGUCCAGGGACAACCACUGGCCCCCGAGGGCAUCAGGUGGCCAUCGAUGUUCAAAAGUAGGUGCUCAGGUUGUUUGCUGAAGGAAGGAAGGAGCCGGUGGGUGAGGCCAAGGACCCUCCUGUGCUUGCGAGCAACACAACUCGCAGGUGACACACAGGACCUGUUGGGCUGGCCCGCGGCCCCCCACAGGCCGGCGCAGCCCUGUGCGCAGGCGUGCUGGAAGCGGCACCCUAAGAGGCCAUUUGUGCUGCCGUGCAGUGGAAGUGCGGGAGUGGGCCAAGGCCAUGUGUGGCUGAGUGUCACCGCUCCUGCCCCUGCAGGAUUGACCUUAAUGGAGCUGAUGGCACAAAGGGCCACAGAGGGGCCCCGGCCUGUUUCUAAUUCCCAAGCUUUUCAAUACCUCAAAUCUGAAACCUUAGCGCCUGAGUGAGGUGGGCGGGCUCCCGAGCUGCCUGUGUCUAUGCAACUUGGCCUCCAGUCUUCCGUGUGCCCCGCUGCCAGGACCCCAGCCACACGGACGGCGCUUCCUCUGUCUAACCCAGGUAUGCCGCUGGGUACACAGCUGUCGCGGGUUGAGAGUAGUGAGGAUGGAUGGGGUCACCGGACGGUGAAACUUUAAAGCCAUGGUCACCUGUGCGAGCUGCGCCCCCAUGGAUGUUCACCCAGGAGCGAGGCAGGCCGGGCUCAGAACUGAAGGCACGUGCGUGCCCUGAUUCAGGGUUUGUGGUGACAGCAUAACCCCAAGAGCACCAGCCUCCCUGCACCCCAACCCUGGGCAAAGUCGAGGGUGGCAGCAGCGAGGAGCAGCCACAGCCCCUCGCUGGGUGGACCAAGCCUGGCCUGUGACAAGCACCUGUCUUCUGUGGCCCAGAACCCUUUGGGGCAGUUUAAUGUACCAGACCGAGUCAAAACAAACAGGGUGUUCACAGGCAAGUGGCCUCGAGGGUGUCCUGUAAAGCAGAGCCCAUUGUCAGCGUCACGGGCAGGAAGCCCCAGUUGUGAUUUCUCAUCUUGUUUUCUUAGACAUUUCUAUUUACAGUACAGGAAACGCGUGAAUGGUGUGCGUUUGUGCUGACCUCGGCAGUUUGCCGUGUACAUACUCCACAACCCGCAUGAACACGGAACCCAUCUGAGGACUGUAUCUUAUUGCAGUGAACAGUUGGUAAAAUUGGAGGGUGACGGCCGUCACGCAACUGCAAGUACUGUGUUCACUAAAUAAAGCUGACAGUAUCGCUGCAAGACUGAGCGUGGUUCUUCAAUAGGUGACGGUGGCA